GCAUUCUGGAAAUGUUGUCCUCCGCUCAGCCUUUCUUGGCCCUGCGCAUGAGACGGGGCGCCUCACAGACCAGGCGAAAAUGUCACCGCGGAUAAAGGCCGGCGGAGCCCCUUUCCAAAGGCGGUCACUGGAGCGGUGAAGACUCUCCGCCGCCUUCGGCCUCGGACUAACAAAGUUCCUACUGAUCGGGACCUAAAUUGAGAUAGAAGCGCAGAAUCGCAGCGUGAGACUCCUAUUCUACGCUAGACAGCGAGAAGGUGGGAAAAUUCUGCCGCGAGUUUGCGCCCAGAGCAAAUUACGGGGGGCGCAACACGAGCGCCCAAGACGGCCAGCGACAAGCCACCUUACGGCAAGGAUUUGGCUCCUAGCGUAAGCGGGAGACCAUCGAAGGACACAGCCCUGAAAUACUAGAGCUGCCGACCCCUCGCGCAACUGCAGCCUGCCCUCCUUACACGUUCUUUACCCUUCGUGCUUUUGAACAUGUCUGCGCUUGCUUUUUUAUCUAAUGCCGCGUCGUCGCGGCGCUAUGUCCUGGUCGGCUGUCUGAUAGUCUUCUCGUUCUUCUUGCUGUCUACACAUGUUUAUCAGAUACACAACGAGACGUUGUUGUUCACCCCGUACCAUGCCUCAUGCACCUCGUUUGAUGGCAUCAAAAAUGCGACAUGGCCUCGCAAGCUGUGGCAAAGCUGGAAAGACGACUCGGAGGACCCGACCGAUCGCACGAAAGGCCUCGGCCACGAAUGGCGCACCAUCAACCCGGAGUUCCGCUACGAGCGCAUCACCGACGCGAACGAAGACGCCUACGUGCUCGACAACUUCCCCAAAGUCGUCUCUGACCUGUUCACCAGCCUCGACAAUGCUGUCAUGAAGGCGGACUAUCUCCGCUACCUCAUCCUGCUCAAGGAGGGCGGUGUGUGGGCUGACAUCGACGUGAAGGCGCGCAAGCCCGUCAAGGACUGGAUACCCCAGGAGUAUAAGGACAAGGUCAAUGUCAUAAUCGGCAUCGAGCGCGACGAGAACCGCAACAAGAUUUGGGACGGCCAGCCCUACUCCAUCCAGCUGGCACAAUUCGUCAUGAUGGCCAAGCCCCAGCACCCCAUCAUUGAGGAGCUCGUGCUCCUCACCGAGAAGAACCUUCGGAAGCUGGUCGCCGCGAACCACGCCGGCGAAAGCGCCUCCUUCCCCGACAUCAUGGGCACCACGGGCCCGUGGACCUUCACCAAGAUCUUCAUGGACUACUUCACCAAGGUCACGGGCAUCGAGCACACCGGCGACGAGAUGACGCACAUGGAGAAGCCCAUGCUGAUCGGCGACGUGCUGGUCAUGCCCAAGAUCUCUUUCGGCUCACUUGGCGACGUGUCGGACGACCAUCCCGAUGUCCUCACAAAGCACUUCUUCAUCGGCUCGUGGCUCUGCAAAGACGGCAAGAUGAUUGAGGGCUCGCCCGUGGACCCGAAGGUGUGCGAGGGCACGUAGGCUCGCCGCAUGCAUCGCGCGGCACAAGAACAACCACAUUGUAUUAUUUCCAUUGGCGCGGCGUUAUCCGGGCAUGGCAUGGCAUCAUGGGCGUUAUAAAUCUGGGCAUUCGAAGUAAUUGGUGGCCGCUUAUGGAAGGGCGGCCGCGCCGUUGGUUAAUAGACACGGCAAUGACGGCGAUAGAGACGGGAGUUGGUGUGUUGCACAGCGAGCGGGCGUGCUGCUAAUCUUGGGCCGACGCCAUCUAGUUUGCUAGCGAUGAGAUACCAAAUACAAAUUAGCCACGAGGGCACGUUUGUUGCGGAAC